GAGAGUGAGUGUCAGAGGUCAAAUGGAUAGGGAGGUGGAGCGGAUACACGAAGGUCCUUUCCAAAGGCUCAGCCCUUGGAGUAACUGAUAAGUGCUGCUUUUCGGGCUUGCUACAUCACUUUCUGCAUUCCUCUUUGUUAAUUUUUUCUCUUUCUUUAAUUUUUUCCCGCCCUUCUCUCGGAACAGCAUCCCCGUGUUUUUGAGCGCUGCUUCUUUGUGGCUCCAGCCACACGGUUUCAUCAGGAGCUGCGUUCUUCUCACAUGAUCAGGUCUCCUAUCCCAAGAUGGGACAGUCAAGGUCACCUGCCUCCUGGGCACGGCUGGGCUAGAGGUAGGCACCCAAACCAGGGCCAGCCUCAGCCCCUCUCUGUUCGUGGGAGCCAGAGUUUCAUCUCUACAUGUCAGGAGCUAUGUUCUGCACCAUGUGGAGGAAGGUGGUGUGUAGUGAGAAAGAAUGACCCAAAAAGAAGAGGAGAAGAGAAAAAUGUGCACGGUGAAUGCGCUCAUUGUCCCUGUUUCCUGGAUGACGAAACUGAGGCACGGAGCGUUUAACUCACACAGCAGUGCAAGAGGAACCCACAGUCUUUUAACUGAGAUGACACACCUGGUCUCAGGACUUAAUGAAGCGGAGGGUCUUGAUGUCUCGUUGCAGAAAGAAUUCAGUGAGAGACAAAGUGAGAGAAAUGGCUUCGGACAUCCCAGGAUCGGUGACAUUGCCCGUUGCCCCCAUGGCGGCCACUGGACAGGUGAGGAUGGCCGGGGCCAUGCCCGCCCGCGGAGGAAAGCGGCGUUCUGGAAUGGACUUUGAUGAUGAAGAUGGAGAAGGUCCCAGCAAAUUUUCAAGAGAGAACCACAGUGAGAUUGAAAGGAGGCGGCGGAACAAGAUGACCCAGUACAUCACCGAGCUCUCCGACAUGGUCCCCACGUGCAGCGCGCUGGCCCGGAAGCCGGACAAGCUCACCAUCCUGCGCAUGGCCGUCUCGCACAUGAAGUCCAUGCGGGGCACCGGGAACAAGUCCACAGAUGGCGCCUACAAGCCUUCGUUCCUGACGGAGCAGGAACUGAAGCAUCUCAUCCUUGAAGCGGCUGAUGGAUUUCUGUUUGUAGUGGCGGCUGAGACGGGGAGAGUAAUUUAUGUGUCUGACUCCGUUACCCCUGUGCUGAACCAGCCCCAGUCAGAGUGGUUUGGGAGCACCCUCUAUGAACAGGUGCAUCCUGACGAUGUGGAGAAGCUGAGAGAGCAGCUGUGCACCUCAGAAAACUCAAUGACAGGCCGGAUCUUGGACCUGAAGACUGGGACGGUCAAGAAAGAAGGGCAGCAGUCAUCCAUGAGGAUGUGCAUGGGCUCCCGGAGGUCCUUCAUCUGCAGGAUGAGGUGUGGAAAUGCUCCUUUGGACCACCUUCCUCUAAACAGAAUAACCACCAUGAGGAAAAGGUUCAGGAAUGGCCUUGGCCCUGUGAAAGAAGGAGAAGCCCAGUAUGCUGUGGUCCACUGCACAGGCUACAUCAAGGCUUGGCCUCCAGCAGGAAUGACUAUACCUGAAGAAGAUGCUGACGUGGGACAAAGCAGUAAAUAUUGCCUUGUGGCAAUUGGAAGACUCCAGGUGACCAGCUCUCCUGUGUGCAUGGACAUGAGCGGGAUGUCGGUGCCAACGGAAUUCUUAUCCCGGCAUAACUCUGAUGGGAUCAUCACAUUUGUGGACCCAAGAUGCAUCAGUGUGAUUGGCUACCAACCCCAGGAUCUUCUAGGAAAGGACAUUUUGGAAUUCUGCCACUCUGAGGAUCAGAGCCAUCUGCGGGAGAGCUUUCAGCAGGUGGUGAAGCUGAAAGGCCAAGUGCUGUCGGUCAUGUAUCGAUUCCGCACCAAGAACCGGGAGUGGGUGUUAAUCCGCACCAGCAGCUUCACUUUCCAGAACCCCUAUUCUGAUGAGAUCGAGUACAUCAUCUGCACCAACACCAAUGUCAAGCAGCUUCAGCAGCAGCAGGCGGAACUGGAGGUGCACCAGCGAGACGGGUUGUCAUCCUACGACUUACCGCAGGUUCCUGUCUCCAACCUACCAGCCGGGGUUCACGAGGCCGGGAAGUCUGUGGAAAAGGCAGACUCAAUCUUUUCCCAGGAAAGAGAUCCGCGGUUUGCCGAGAUGUUUGCAGGAAUCAGUGCAUCGGAGAAGAAGAUGAUGAGCUCAGCUUCUGCAGCAGGAACUCAGCAGAUCUACUCCCAAGGAAGCCCAUUUCCCCCGGGACACUCGGGAAAGGCCUUCAGUUCUUCGGUGGUGCAUGUGCCUGGCGUGAAUGAUAUCCAGUCCUCCUCCUCGACGAGCCAGAACAUGUCCCAAAUCUCCCGGCAGCUAAACCAGAGUCAGGUGGCGUGGACGGGGAGUCGGCCGCCCUUUCCCGGACAGCCAAUCCCCUCUCAGUCCAGCAAGACUCAGUCUUCUCCCUUCGGGAUUGGAACGAGCCACACCUACCCGGCCGACCCCUCCUCCUACAGUCCUCUCUCCAGCCCAGCCACCUCCUCGCCCGGCGGGAACGCCUACUCCAGUCUUGCCAACAGGACUCCAGGGUUCGCUGAAAGUGGACAAGGUAGCGGGCAGUUCCAAGGGCGGCCCUCGGAAGUCUGGUCGCAGUGGCAAAGCCAGCACCACGGACAGCAGAGCGGGGAGCAGCACCCCCACCAGCAGCCCGGUCAGACUGAAGUGUUCCAGGACAUGCUGCCCAUGCCAGGGGAUCCAACCCAGGGGACCGGCAACUAUAACAUCGAAGACUUUGCCGACCUGGGCAUGUUCCCACCGUUUUCUGAGUAGCUGCGGACAGAGCGAGGCUUCCACCAGGCAGUGCCCCCCAUGCUGUGACAUCGACACCCACGUGCACGGGGCCCCCCCGCGCCCUGCUUGCCCUGCCGCGGGACCCCCCCAGCAGAAGACAUCUCGCCCCCCGUGUUCCCCUCACUGCCAUGGUGUUGCUCAGCUUCUAACCCACAGCUGCAGCUGCGCGGCCACCGACCAGGAGCCCGGUAGACGUCGGGGGCUGGUUGUAUUUAUUGUAUUUUACCUGUCUGUGCUUGGGAGGCGAGCCCAUUGGGUUCUUAAAAUCUGGUUGUGAAUAAUCUCAUAUUAGACAAUUCUCAUCUGUAAAAAGUUCAGUUACAGCUCGGAGAGCCCAAGCCGCACCCUCAGGCCUGCCCAGGAAGCUGGAAUCUGGUUUCUUCUGGCCUUUAACUCCUGUGUCCGGGUGGGGCUUAGGGGGUGUUGGGGAAAGACGUGAGCAGGGUGCACAGGCUUUGUUCUCGGAGCCGGAGAGGAGGAGCCUGGGGACACCGGGGGGGGGACGCCGGCUCCUCUGGGCCCUGUCUCAGCCACAUCUGUCUGUGCAUCCGUCGUGCCGUGAGACGUGUGUACUUGGUGCAGUGUGAUGUGAAUCCUUGUCCUGAUGGAUGUGUUGUGCCCCGUGUCUGUCGUGUGCGGCCACGGUGAGGGUCUAGAAUCCAGGGUGUGUGGCGAGAGUGACAUCCUGGAUGUGCAGCCCCGUCCAAGCUGAGCAGGACCCCCUGUGGCCGGAGGAGGCAGGGCCCAGGGUCUGGGCGCCGGGCGGACAGGCUGAACUGAGCAGACGGGCACUUGACAGUGUCACCCUGGCCGGGAGCUGCUCACUUUGAUGGGUCAGUUGUUUGGUCCAAGCCCCCCGUGUGCAGAUUCAGAGUCCACGAGAGUGCCCACCCUUUCCUCUCUGUGUCUGAAGAGCAGCCUCUCCUGGUUCCGCCAGGGUUUCUCGUCCUUGCCCUGUUGGCGAGAGCCGGGCUUUGUCCCCGCCCGACGGCUGCAGGGGGCACCCCUUGAGCUCACAGAGACCCUGGCCCCCAUGGGAGUGUGAGGGGGAGGGCAGGGCGCCCAGGCCUCCCGGUCCUUCUGUGCCACAGGGUGCUUUCCUGGGACCAACCUCUGGAGAUGACUGAGGGGUGAGCCCUGUGCGUGGAGGUGGGAGCUCUGAGACGUUCCCCACCAGGCCGCCCGAGCCUUCUCUCCCCAGCCGGCUGGGAACAGUGGCUUCUCGGGGGGCGGAGGCGGGGCGGGGGGUGGUGGGGAUUGCGGGACCCCGGCUCCGGUUUUGGUUCCAGCUCUGGUUCUGCCGCAAACUCGCCAGGGCCUUGAAUUCCUCAGGUGGUCUCAAGACAGAGUAAGAGCUGACUUCUAGAAGCUUCUACCUGGCUGACCUCUGAGCUCCCGGUCCCUGGCUUGCUGUGUUUCCCUCAGAUUUGAGGAGAUCAGUUUAAGAAUCCAUCCCUCCAUUUUUACUUACCUCUGCCCCUCGCAUGCCCUUGACGCUAAGGAAGGAAACUCUCGCGUUCUCUUCCUUUCCUAAUGGUCACCCUCCUGUCCUGCAUCAGCAUCCCAUCAGCUCACCGACUCCUAAAGGGGAGAAACGGUGCCCGUGCGUGGCUGCCUCGGGGCAGGUGGAGGAGCCCAUGCACGGGGAAAGCCUUCCCUUCCGGCCCACCCCUGUCAGGCACCUGGCUGGGAAACGACCCUUGUAUCCCUCGUUCCGUAAUUCUGAUGGGCCAGGCAGAAUGGAGUUGCUUCUGGGCUGCCUGAGCGGGGAGUGAGCCUGGCCUGCAGGAAGGAGCCAGGGGACGGGGUUUGCUCUCAUCCUCUGAAAGUUCUGCAUUAAAACCCCAGCCCUGGCUGGCGUCCAGAGGGGGUGUGUGCUCAGUCCUGCCUGGAGAGCUCCAGCGAUGAAAGUCCACCACUGUCCAGGAGAAUACCUUUGUCCGGUAGCUUUGUGUGAUCCCAGUUUCUAGGCUUUAAAUUAACACUGACUGUACAGUUUCUAGAGUGGCUCUUAAUCCUUUUGUAUAUAGUGGUGAUUGGACGUGGGGUUUAGACGCACCUGAUAUCCUUUUACCCUUAGGAGCCUUUUGGCUUCUGGGAAAAUGGCAAGUGGCUGAAACUCCACACACCCUGUCAGUACCAGACCCAGAAGGGGCUCCCGGGGCGCGCCCUGCCCCUGGGGCCACCUCUGCCCGCCCCUGCCCCCAGCCCUGAGCUUGCCCCAGGCGGUGGGCUUCAUUAUUUCCCAGAAAGGCACAAAAAGAGCUUUUGGAUGAAAGAAUGGUUUCUCAGUGAAAUGAAAAUGGACUUUUUGUGGCGUUUAGUCUCUGAGUUUGGAAGUUUGACGGGGGAUGAGGGUACGUUUGUCUUUCCUUCUGGUUUCGGAGGGCACUUGGGGAUUUUCUGAGGGGCACACACUGGUCGGCACGCCGACUAGGCCCAGCCCAUCUGGGCUGUGCUGGGUGCCGAGGGGAUGCAAAAGGACAGAGGAGGACAGCCUCGCCCCCAGGGACCUUUCAUCUACUUCACCCACUUACACAGCAUCUAGGGUGAGGACCACUCAGUUCUUGGUCCUAGAAGGCGAGGAUUCAUGGGCGACUGAAAGCCAGACAUAAAGGGGGAGCAUCGUGACUAAAUAGGCCCAACGUCCCCCUUCCAGCUUUGUGCCCGGAGCCCGCGGCGGGUGUCUGACUGCAGUCUGACCCGCAGCUCGAGUUCUCUGUUCUCUCUAUUCCCCAUUCCACUCUUUGGUUGUGAUUCUUAGAAGCCACCAUGUGGCCACGAAGGAACAGAGAAGACCGAGAGGAUCCCACAUCCGAGGGAUUCUCUCCCCAAGGAAUUUUAAGACAAACUGGAGUGAGAAUUAAAGCCCUAGAGGGUCUAAUUACCCCAGUUUGCAGAAGAACCUCCCUCGCCAGUCCCGCCCAGCCAGGAGGCCAGGAUGCCCACGGCCCCUGCGUCGGCGUGGCCUUCGGUCCUGAUCCCUCUCCUACUGGAGACGGAGGCAAAGCUGGGCUGGGAAGGCGAGCGGCACCUGGGACUUCGGCUCUGGGACUCUCUUCCUCACUCACACCUCAUCUCACAGCUACUAGGCCUUCGGCUGGCUUUCCUUAGGCUGAGCAAGCAGAAGGCUUUCCACCCAGAAGGGCCGGGCAGUGGCUGCCUGAACUAUUGGUGAGGACACAGACGCCGCCACGCUGAGGCUCGGCCUGGACUUGGUUAGGGAACUGCGACAGUGGCUCCGGAGGUUCUAGAACACCCUGCCUCUGUGUUGCUCCCCACUAGCUUUGUCUUUAGUUUUGGUUUCAGGGAGCAAUAGAGCAUCACAAACAGCCGCAUUCUUCUCUGCUUCCCGGUUUAUCAAAUUCAACCCUUCUGUUGUUUCCUGAAUACCUGUUGCAACGAGUAGGAGUCUGGUAGCUGAUGGAACUGACAUCGGGGAGCGUGGAUCUCCUGUGCCAAUAAAGAGACCGUGUUUCCCCAGACGAGCCACCCUAGACACUAUCAGUGCUGCGGCCGGGCUUGGCCGAGAGAUGAGUCAGGCCCCGGGGAAAUUAGUGCGUUCCCUUCCGGCCACAUCAGUACCUGGGCCAGCAGAUGAGCAGUGAGCCUCUCCCCGCUGGGCCCACCUGCUCCCUAACAGUUACGACCUGUCAUAUUAGCAAGACCAAGCCGGUCACCUAACAGCUCUAGCCAGUAACAAGUCAGGAUGGAAAUGCUCCUUGUUCCACUAGAAAGUAUGGGUUUGGUCAUGAGGUCGCUGUGUCCUGACUUGCCAGGACAGCCCAACUUGUCCGUUCCAACCCUUCCCCCCAUGCCAGAUCCUCAUCUUGGAUAUGAAGGGAACUGGCUGUCCUCUUUUUCCUCGGCUGCCUGGCGUCUGGGGCAACUUGAAGCGACAUCACACCACAAUGCAGGCACAUUUUCACAUGUAGGUGUGGCUGGGUCUUGGGGCCAGAGCCUAUGGGCCAAUGACUGUGGAGGUGGGAAAAGGGAGGUCUCACAGGAACAGGGCAGCUUGCUUCCAGUAACAAUCUCAUUUUCCUUCAAAAGCGAGAGAGUUCACAGAUGAGCUUCAGUGGACAAUUUAAGCACUUAAUCGUUUCUCUUUUAACCUUUCUUCUUAUGAAUGUGAACUGUGCUGUGGAUAAAUCAUCAUUUGUAUUUCUUGAAUGUUCUCUAUGACUAACAGUUAUUAAGUCAGUUGUGUAUAUGUGUAACUAAUGUAACUGCCUUUUAAAAUUUCAUUACAAUAAAAAUGGCUUUGCUCUGAA